GAGCCCUUGGAUGACUCUCAGGCCGCUGGGGUUUGCUGCGCAGAAGAAGUGGUUCGUUAUGAAUACCACGUCCUGUACUCCAGCAGCUACCAAGUGCCUGUGCUGUAUUUCAGAGCAUGCUUUUUGGAUGGAAGGCCUUUAACUCUGGAUGAAAUAUGGGGAAGUGUUCACGCAUCCUACCAGGAUCGUCUGCAGGAGGGGCCCUGGGACACUAUUACACAGCAGGUCUUAUGAACAAAUCCAACAAAGAAUUGAGACUCUCCAGGCACUCAGGUCUCUUGCCACAGCAGCAUGACAAGGAUGUAACAUCCACCGGGUCCUACAGCAAGCAGCUCUCACGCGGGUACAGUUUCCCCAGACCGAGUGAUCAUCGCUUCAGGAGGUAUCUCGGAGGGGCUCCUCGCCUGCCCAUGGAUGGGAGCGCUGCCCUGCGGCUCCUGCUGCUGCUCGCCUGCGCCGGGCUCGGCGGGUCCGAGGAGAAAAGCCCCGGGGGGAACAGUUCACAUGAAUUUUCAGAUCAAGAUUCUCUCCAGAGAAAUGGUCAGCGUUACAAUGGUCAUGUGACGCCAAAGUUUAAUGUCAGUCAAGUGGCAAUUGCACAGGUUGUCAGGCACAACUUGAGCAGGGGAGGACAGUGGAAAGGGGCACCCUGGAGGCCAUUCCCCCACAACCACUACAGCCCCCUGAACGUCACCGUCAACGGCACCCCCUGCAUCCUGUUCUGGGCCAAGAGGAUCAUGAUCAGGUUUGAGAACCACACCCAGCUGGAUUUGACAGAGAGGACCUUUGGUGUCCAUGCCACCGUGGACGUUGGGGACUCAAACUGCAGCGAGGACAGUGCCAUGCUUUCCUUGAAGUUUGGUGACAUUGGCAAUCUAAAGGGAUUUGUUAUCAGGCUCUUGUUAACCACCAGCUACUACCAGCUGUCUGUGCAGAACUGGUUCAGCUUGCACAGGCUGCAGCUGCUGUACAACCACUCUGUGCAGGCGACGUUCAACGCCACGGGGAUCCACGCGCCGGCCACUUACUCCUUCCACUGCGAGCAUGUCAGCAGCCUGCAGAGAUACGAUGCUCUCCUCGUCCCCAGCUCUGCAAACGACCUCUCCCAGCUCUGGGAGGUCACUUUCAUUGACUUCCAGAUUCAAGGUUUUAAUGUUCAAGAAGGACAUUUUGCCUAUGCUAGAGACUGUGCAUCCUUCUUCUCCCCAGCAAUCCUGAUGGGGCUGGUGAUGUCCCUGAUUCUGCUGCUGGUCCUGGCCUAUGCUCUGCACAUGCUCAUCCACCUGAAAUCUCUUGACAGGCACUAUGAAUGCAAAGCUUCUCCUGCCUAUUUUGCACAGAUGAAAGACAGUGACAUGGGAGAUGAGAAGGAGCCACUCAGAAACAGUGGAAAUGAGUCCUAUGAACUCAGGAACCAACAGUUUGGUAAAAUCUAUAUCUAGCAGUGUGUAUCAGUCUCAGUGAAACAAGAGGUGUUUUAUUCUGCUGGCACUGUUGUAUGUAGUUUGUGCAGAUUUUUUUACCAGCUGAUGAAAGGAAAAGUAGGUAACAUUAUUUAGCCAGUUAUUCACUGAUAAUAAUCUCAAAGAUGCCUUGGGAAAGAAGGCAAGAAAAAAAAAAUAUUAAGAGAUAUGCAUAUUGUGGGACUCGAUUGCUGUAACAAAAAGCCAAAAUGCACAGCUCUUCAUCCAGCUUACUAGGUCUUGAAGAGAGAAUCUGUA